CGGAAGGUAACCGCCGCUCGGCUGCAUCUGGGUUUGUCCCAUCGGCUGGGGACAGAGACAAGGGUUUCCGUUGAACGCGACACAGGGACAUGGAUCGGAAUUUUGCUGCUGUUGUUGCUGAUUGAAGAGAAAUGGAUCCUGCUGCAUCGGUUGGCCGAGAUUAUAGUUUUGUCCAGCCGCGCCUGCGAAUCGGUGUAAGAUGAACUUGAAAAAAUAUGUCAACGCCUCUUACAAAAAGUAGCACGAUCUUGAUUCACCUACCCUGCUGAUUCAUUCCGUAAGGAUUUCCGAAGUUUUGCAUUUGCUGGAAGUUGGGCAACUGAUUUUAACUGGCCUCCGAUCGAACGAAUUGCCCGAAGCCUGGAACUCGAGUGACCGAUGAAGCAAAACGCUGCUGAAAACCGAAAAUAACGUUGCCUUUGUUUACCGUCUGCGCCUGAAUCUGCAAUUUUUAUAACGGAAUUUGAAUUGGUAUUUUUAGGGGUUAUAUACGUCGCUGACGCCAGUGAAUGUUGGAUAGAUAUUAGAACGAGUCUUCUUGACUUCCCUUCGUAGUUAAGCCUGCAGUGGACUGAUUAUUUUCCAUUUGAUUAAAAUUUUACUCUAUCUAAAUGAUAAAAGAUGACCAAUUAAAAUUUAGCUGUCUUUUCGAAACAUCACGUCUCGUUACAUCAAAGGUUGUAAACGGAGUGUAAUACAUGCAUGUGAAGUACGACUAAUAUGAAGAUCAAAAUCAGCUACCAAUGGAACAUGAAACUCGCGAUAUCCACACCGAAUAUCUUUGGCAACACAAGUAGAGUUGAGGAAAACGUGUAAGAAGAUUGUUUGAUACUUCUUACAGGAUUUCGUUGUUGUACAGUUUAAAGUAACAGACAAAUUAUAAUGCUUCUAAAAUAUUAUUAUGCUCUUGGACGAUUUCUAGACGUCUUAGUAACUUAUUGCCCAGGUGUAACCACGGCGUAAGCUUACAUGACGUACGAUUUAGCUGAUCUAUUUUUGUUUCGCGUGUGUAAGUCAUUUAUUCAAUUGGAUUCAAUGGAUGGAAAUGCACAUCACAAGCUCUGUACUUUGGGCUAAAGAAAUACCCGUAGAAGUUUCAUAAAAAUCUGUAAUCCAGACCGACAGCAGAGGAAUUACGAAGGAAAUCUUUCAUUUUUUCUCUGUAACUCUUGAUCCGUUACUCGCAGCGUAUUCAAACUGCGCGCAAAAUUACAUCGAUAUAGAGCAUCAAAGAAUUAUUUCAACUAUUUUUCAAAGUCGGCCAAAUUUCGACUGUAAAAAUCCGAAGCUGGGACCUUGCUGUUUUGCGAGUUUCAGAGCUGGGAAACCUUUCGUCUGAGAAUCGUUUUGCCGGACUCCGUUUCGUCUAAUUGUAACCACAGGAUUGCGAAAAAGAUAUGAAAAAGAGAUAUCAAAAUACACGCAAUCUUAUACGCAAAAGUACGCGUCCACGCAGCGUAUAAACUGACAGAUUCUUACGCCCUUCCAAUUGCUUUUCAGUAAAAAAAGGAAAGGUGACGUAAGUCUCACAGUUUUCAAUUUUUAUUCUUGUCCAUAUUUCGCAUAUUUCCACUAAUUCAAACGCGUCAUUGCGCAAAGUCGAUAGUUCGGUUCGCAAACAUGUCUACGUCUUCACCAUCAACCAUCAACCAUCGUUACCAGACAUGACAAAUUUAGCUUUAUUGUCGGAGCGCAAAUAUGAUUUCCUCUUGGGUAGUAAGUUUCUCAAUCUACGCUGACGGUCGUCGAGUUUUGCGGGCGCAAGCGUAGUUACGUAUAUCGCGAUACGUAAUAUACUGCAUCAAGGUCAAUCGCCACUUUGGCCUUUCUCGCUGAAUGGGACUCUCUCGUAAGUGGGCCAGUCGCCAAAGGCAGACGUCAAAAAGAUCAAAGGCAGCAAGCUCCUAGUUGUACAGACCUUACACCGGAGUCUCGAGUACCAGACACGAUUUCUACGUUUUAUCGGGAUUUUGCCGUUGUAAAAUGAUCAAGAGAAUAAAUAUCUGAUCCGUUAUUCCUGCGGUGGUUAUUUUAUCUAAGACAAUUUCAUACGCAAUAAAUCAGAGUCGGAGAUCGCCACGGUCUGACGGUGUUUACCAAAAAUGGCUCAAAAGUUACCGGACAAGGAUUACGAAUUCAUUCGUGAACUAAUCACGGAAAUGGUGCACGACCGUUGUUUUUGCGAACGAGGCUCACGGGAGUUUGUAGAAGUCGAUUCAAUCCGUGCGGAGCCUCUCAGUUUCCCGGACAAGAUACCGGUCAGCGAGAUAUACGCAGCCGAAGUUGGCGUCCGGUUCUCCGGCGAGCUCCAGACAUUUCCGGUCGUGAUAAAGCUCCUACCGAAGGCAGCUGAGGUGACGAACGCCCUGGAACUCUUCCAGAACGAGGAACUCUUCUACAGCAAGAUAGUGGCCAAGAUCGGUACGCCGAACUUCGCGAAGUGCUACGCAGCGGACAUGGGAAGAUACGGCGGUCCGGUGAUCGUCCUGGAGAACCUGAAGGUCCAGGGAUACAGAGAAGUGGAAAGAAAGCUCGACGAAGAGCAUCUCAAGGUCUGGAUAAAGGCGCUCGGCACGUUUCACGGCAAGGGUUUGAAGCUGAAGAGCGAGAACCCGUCCGAGUUUCGUGAGUUUCACGCGAAGCUACUGGAAGCCACUUUCAACGAGGAGAACAUCAGAACCGACAUGCCGAACAGAAACGACAUUCUAAAGACGGCCCCCUUCCGGGGCCUCAAGUAUCUCAAGUCUCUGCCUCAGCCGGACCUCGAGUUCGUAGAAAAAAUCGAAACCAGGCUCGGGAGAAAUCCCUACGAAAUCACGAGGGACCUCGCCACCGAGGUCAGCGAAUUCUCCACCCUCUGCCACGGCGGUCUGAGCCGAAAAAAUCUACUCUUCAAAUACGACGAGCAAGGCAAGCCGAUCGACGUAAGAAUCAUCGACUGGCAGACGACCAGGUACUGCCCGCCUGGCAUUGACCUGGGUCCCAUCAUUUUCACGAACCUCGACGCCGAUGAUCGACUCUCUAAGGUGAACCGACUCCUCGAUGUUUACUUUGACGCUGUGGAAGCGGAGCUACCAACGGUUUCGAGGAAGGACCUGAGGAGGGACGUCGUUUCGAAACUACUCUUCGCCUACAACGUCGCGUCCUUCCACGUCCCCAACGUCGACAAGGAUCUGAUCACCCUCGAGCAAUUCGUCGAGGGAGUUUGCUCACUUGGGGGAGAAGAUGCUGAUCAAGAACUUGCCUUGAUAUUGUUGGACCUUAAAGCUCUUGGAACUUUUGAUUAGACAGCAGGUUAUUCUGUCAGAAGCUUCUUAGUAUAAGCUUACAGAAUGAGCCGACUGAGACCGAUGCACGUAUUAUCCUCGUCCACUUGCUCGCGUUCGUACGACUUUACUGUAGUACUAUAUAGUAAAAAAUACCGUUGCUCCAAUCUUCUCGCCGCGGUAAAGUUGGACAGACGGUAAAUACAAGUGCUACGUAUUGUGUGGAUUUUUCAUAAACGACGAUAAUAACGCUUAAAUUUAAGUUUCGAAUUGCUUUGAAUUAUCUAUUUUUCUCGUCUAACGCGUUUUCGAACCUGAAUCACCAUCGACGAAAUUGUCCUUGACAGAGACCAUGACAUAAAAUUUGAAUUUAAUAACCUCGAGUGAUUGUUGGCAUUUAAGAUUGACCAUGUAAAUUCGAAUAACUCAAAGUGCCACAUCAUUGAAAAUUAUCGUUAUUGUCCGUCUGCAAUAAGAAGUAUAAUUAUUGGCAUAGUACAGUAAUUGAGGUACGAAAAUAUAUACGUUGGAAAGAUAAAAAGAGAGAGAGAGAGAGAGAGAGAGUGAGAGGAAGAGAUCCCAACGACGAUAUUUAUUUCUCACAGGUAUGUUAAUUACAAGAACAGUCUAAUGUUCAAAGAUAGAUCUACUCAAUGCGCGUAUAUUAUUCACUGUCCCUCAAAUUCUAAAGAACUUUGAAAUAAUCGUAUCAAAGAUAUUGGUCCUUCACCUUGCUUUACCUAUUAAGUUAUAAUUAAUUCUCGUCUCUUAUUCUUAUUCGGGUAGUCAUAAUUUAUUGCUCUUACUUACGCUUACAUUUAGGCAAGCAUCAUUCGUAAGAAAAACUAAUUGAUAAUGCAGUGGUCUUUUAUUGUCGAAUAUUCAGUUUUCACGAUCACUUCGUAGCUUCUUGGGGAUUCAUUCGUUGAUUAAUCAACUCAUUAAAUGCCAUGAUUAAUCUCCAGUUUUUCGUGCUAACGCAAAGAUUUACAAGUAUUACAAGUUAGACUCGACGAUGCUCUCCUAAAGGCUUUGAUUAACCAUACGUGAGCUUAUAAGACAUAACUUUUGACCGAUCCUUCGUAGGUAGGCAAUGUUCCCAAGCCAAUGUUUCAUCAGAAAAUCGAUACCGCUUGCCGAGUGGAUGUUUUACACACUCCGAUUGUAUACGCAUAAUUUUCUAAUAUGCACACACGCUCUUGGAAGUUAUAAAGAGUCUUCCGUAGACCAAAUAAUUCUAUCCCGUAUACAGCGUCCUAAUCCAUUACAUCGGAUGUGCAGUUGAUGUGCGAAUUUGUAAGUCUCUUUCUCUUUUUCACCCGAGUAGGGUAAAGUCUUCUUAUUCCACAUCCGAUGGUGCCGGUAAAGUAGUCUCCCGUUGACGCCGUUCCUGACCGAUGGUGUCCAAAACCAGGAAGAGAAUGACCAGCGUUAAGAAAAGCAGGCUGAUGCAGACCAGGAGACUCGGUGUCGAGCAUGCCAAUAUCCGCUUGCACAUAGAUUUUGUAGAACAUCCUAUCGAAGAUGGGCUAGAGAGCGAUGUUGGUGGUGGUGGUGGUGGCUGUGAUGCUGGACUUGGUGGUUUCACUGAACAAACUGGCCCAUCAAUUGAUCUGCCACCGCAACGCGAUGGUACAACUGAUGGGGUCGGUGUUUCCUUAGCACAUGUCCAAUCCAUUUGAAAUAAAGCGAGGAAAAUCGAAGAAUUUUGAGUGGUGUCAUGGGCCGAAAGUGACUUGAAAUUGACAGGGUAUAACAAAAGAGAAGAUAUUGAUACGACGUUGCCAGUAAAUGCAUGUGAAUUGGUCGAUCCAUUCUUCGCGGAUUCCGGAUUGGAAAUGAAUUCAUUUCUUACGGUAAAUCAAUCUUUUCUUCUGCACGUCAAUACGUUUCAAAUUUUCAAAAAUCUUAUCGACGUACAUCCAUUUUUAUCUACUCGUUAGUGAUUGUACGCGACGUUGCUGCUAGGCUGGAUAUAAAAGUCCAUACUCAAUCCCCAGUCCACACAGUAAUCUGCAUGGCCUACAUUCGCUUGUUAUAGAUAAAAGGGAAAAACGUGGCUCGCAAUCAAAAUUUUAUUACUUCGGCUGUAUCUGUCUGUGAGAUAUUAUUUCAUACAAUCCAAGACGGUGAACCGCAAUCAGUUCUAUUCCUGUGCAACAUUCCCACGGCAUAUUGCCCCUUACUUUCCUCAGGCUAUACAUACAGCUAGGUAUAGCUCGCAUCCGGCUAGUAACUCAGAAGCCCGACGGUGUCGUUCAUUCAUCGAUGCAUUCUACGGCCUUUGAAGGUUGCGUUAGAGCCAGCUAUAAGACAUGUGAACAUACCUACACCUGCCUAUGUGCGCCUUUGCGCAUGGUACAGAUUCGUGAUUAUAAAUGUACGGUAAGCGCGCUCUUGGUCAUUUUUCUCAUUACCACGAAUAGAGUAAUUUUUCUUGAGCUGCAUAGACUCCAUUUAAUGCAUUUUUAUCACCUCGAAACUAUUUUAAUAACAAGAGGAGAAUUAGCUGUGGGACAACUAGUUGUAACGUGAUAUGCCGUUAUGUUUUUAAUCAAAAUGACUAGAAAUUAUAGGUGUGCACCGAUAAUCAACCGCGUAAGUAUUAAUUAAUCCUGCAGAAUGAGUAUUGACGGUUUCCUUCCUGCAGUGCAAUAAUAUGACGCCUUGUAUCGAUUCUAACGAUGUUAAUGUUUAACCCGUCCACCUUUUUCAUUACUUGGUAUAUUAACGAUGAAAAGCUAUAGCCAUACACACAAGUACCGCAAAGUUCGCCUGGUUAUAUUAUAACAUAUACUUUGUGCACAGAAGUAAUCAUAGUUGUAAAAGGUAACGACAAUUUUAGAAAACGAAGCCUUGGCGAGGUUUUUGCAUUACAACGAAAUUUCGUUCGAAUUCUUGACAAGGAAUGGAACAGUGUAAAUAUUAUGCUUAUGAUAAAUAUAAUCUUAUGUCAAGAUGGUCUUUAUUUUGAACUUUUUCAAAAUUUGACCAGGACGCCCCCAAGUUGGUUCCAAGCAAACAAGUCGUCCUGUGACAAAGUAUUGUAUACCGAAACUGUGGUAAAAACAGGUGUAUUUCAAAUGGAAAACUAAACAGCCGUUAUGUGAGGGUUUAGGGUUGAGAUAGGAACCCUCCCUUG